AUGAAGAAUUUUAAUUGGCAAUAUACUCUGUACGUGGCUACACUAGCCAUUAUUCUAGCAUUUACAUUGUCUAUUUUGCUCUAUGUGGAUUUCGAUCAGAGUCUGUUGGACCAUGACACGGCACUUAUUGCUAAAUUACAAAAGGGUCCACUCGAGGAUCUCCUUAAUGGAAAUGGUAUAAAUAAUAUUCCCGAAUUGAAAAUUUUAACAACAAAUGAAGGUGUAACACAAGCAAAUAAAUGCAGUAAAAGGGCAAUACGAGUCGAUUCAUUCACACCGCCCACCGAUGAUGAAUGUGUUAAUCGAUGUGCCAAUACCUUGGCAACAGCAUUGACAGUCGAGAAGAAUGAUCACUAUAUUUCAGAUGAAAAUCUGCUCGAGCCCGGAUUCUAUUGUCGCAUUGGUCCAAAGCCGCAUUGUAAUAUGAAAACAACAAUAGCGAUUUUGUCUACACCGCUAAUAUGCCGACCAAAAUUUCCACGUCUCAUUGGCGGCCCCGUGGGAAGAACAAUCGUCGCUUGCAAUAAUAUUAAUAUUCAAGACCCUUUUAAUAGAUUGUGGGAUUAUAGUACCAAUGAACCCGUACGGGUAGACACUACAAUCAUCAUAAAUGAGGAUGAAUUAUUAAGUGAUGGCUCUUAUCGUUUUCGGUGUAAAUUCUAUGGUGUGGAUGUGAAACACAACAAAUACAUGGAGCAUCCAUUCGAUCGCUUUCAUCCAAUAAGGAAUUAUUGUGCCGCUUUGAUUUUCGCGGCACAUGAUGACGUUAAGCAUGUCUGGGAAAACAACCAAUUCAGAUGUGACUGUGGGGAUAAAAAAACGACAAUGGUUUCGCAUAUUGACCCUAACGACCCCACAAGUCAGUGUUCAUCUUAUUCUGCAGAGAUUAAGACAGACGUCAAAAAUCGAAUGAAAAUCACAGUACCUUAUCCUUGUUUUACCAUACACUCGCCAAUUGAGGACGUAGGACGCUACUUUCCAUGCAAAGCAGAAAAUUUCCACGGCGAGAAAUUUAUGGAAAAUAUUGAAUUGACCUAUUCUCAUCGGCAUGACGAGCCCAUUGCACAUCCGUUUUAUGAAGAUUUCCCCAUCUCGACCAGAAUAGCAGUCAGGAAAGGCCUUAGAAUUUCAUCUUGAAGAACAAUUCUUCAAUUUUUCAUAAUGUGGAUGAUGGCAGUUGACGCGAAACAGCACCACAAACCAAUAGCAACCAAUCGUAUUGCCCUAGUCCACGGAUAAAUUUCCAUGUUGUACUGGGGCAAUAGCUAACGCUUGAAACCUUGAUUUUUUACUCAGCUACUCUUCUAAUAUAUCCGUUGAAAAUAUUAAAUUAACUGUUCACUUGUCUAGACAUUGGACAAGACUCCAGUGAAUUUAAUGUGCGAAAUGGGCAAUGCUUUUUAGUUCGGUGAUGAUGAGUUUCUUGAUAUGGAAUAAUGAAAAGAGUCAAUUCAAGA